AUGUUGGGCCCGGCAGAUGGGCCCCGCGAGCCCGGGCUGCUCGGGGCGGGAGGCCGCCCGAGCCCGGCACCCGGUCCUGUUGGGCCAGGGUCACUCGGGCUGGGGCCUGGUCAGCUGGGGUCACGCGCGGUGACUCAGCUUCCCGAGAGGCCGCGCGAGGCCGAGACCCCGCUGGCCUGGAGGUUGGGGCGCGAGUGUGGCGCGGACAGAGGUCCCCGUCUGUCCAUCUGUCGCAGUCACCAGAAGGGACCCAGUACAGAGGACUGUGCAGAAAGCUUGAGCGCCGUGCUUUCGGGCGGGUGCCUGCAGGGCCCGCUGGCAGUGCUUACCUGGCAGGUGCCCGCUGGCAGUGCUUACCUGGGCGCUCGACUUGGUGCCAGUGCUGGGGACAUGCUGGCCGCCUUUCCAGGGUCUACAGAUGAGCUGAAAUGGCUGAAGGUCCAGAGCCACUUCCUGUCCCUCCUGGUGGUCCACUUCUGGGCACCAUGGGCCCCGCAGUGUGCGCAGAUGAACGCGGUGAUGGCGGAGCUGGGCAGAGAGCACCCACAGGUCUCCUUCCUGAAGUUGGAAGCUGAAGCUGUUCCUGAAGUGUCUGAAAAAUAUGAAAUUAGCUCCGUUCCCACCUUCCUAUUUUUCAAGAACUGUCAGAAGAUUGACCGACUAGAUGGAGCACAUGCCCCAGAACUGACCAAAAAGGUUCAGCGGCACUCGUCCGCCAGCACCUUUCCGCCCAGCACCAAGGAGGCCCCUAAAGAAGACCUCAAUGUCAGACUCAAGAAGCUGACCAACGCUGCCCCCUGCAUGCUGUUCAUGAAAGGGACGCCUCAGGAGCCGCGCUGUGGUUUCAGCAAACAGAUGGUGGAAAUUCUUAACAAACAUAAUAUUCAGUUUAGCAGUUUUGACAUCUUCUCAGACGAAGAGGUCCGGCAGGGACUCAAAGCCUACUCAAGCUGGCCCACCUACCCUCAGCUGUAUGUGUCUGGAGAGCUCAUAGGAGGGCUGGACAUCGUCAAGGAGCUGGAAGCCUCUGGAGAACUCGAUACAACUUGCCCCAAAGCCCCCAAACUGGAGGAGAGGCUCAAAGAACUGACGAAUAAAGCGGCUGUGAUGCUCUUUAUGAAAGGCACCAAACAGGAAGCAAAAUGUGGAUUCAGUAAACAGAUUCUGGAAAUCCUAAACAGUACCAAUGUUGAAUACGAGACGUUUGACAUAUUGGAGGAUGAAGAAGUGCGGCAAGGGCUAAAAGCGUACUCCAACUGGCCCACCUACCCCCAGCUGUAUGUGAAAGGCGAGCUCAUUGGAGGACUGGACAUUGUGAAGGAGCUAAAAGAAAACGGUGAGCUGCUGCCCAUCCUGAAAGGAGAGAACUGA